AUGUCGGCCAAUCCCGCAACCCCGGAAGAUCCACGCCCAGACCGUACCACAUUCGGUGUAGAGCUGGAGUUUCUAGUCCCAUACCUGUACGACAGCGAAGUAGACCCCCUGGGUGAAGUUGAGGGAUUAGCUCCUCUUUUAAGGCAGACUGAUCAUACAGGUAGACCGGAAAAUGAAGUUCGGGCGGUCAUACAGAAACUCUUCCAGGACCACGGACUCGAGACCGAGAUCAAAGUGUAUCCAUAUAAAAGCGAUGACGCUAUGAGAGCACUUGAUAGAUAUUCAAUCUGGGUUGUCAAAGACGACCCAACGGUAAGGGAAAACAAUGACUCGACUGCCUGGUUCCAAAAAUAUCGGUGGGUAGAUGUUGAAAUCACGAGCCCCGUGGAGCCCAGCAUUCCAAUUACUUACGAAAUCAUUAAUUACGCCCGGCAGUUAUUAACGCACACAUAUAGGUGCCGUGUCAACUCGUCUUGCGGACUUCACGUACAUGUCGGCAAGGGCGCCGAGAGAUUUGAUCUUGUGAACAUGAGACGCAUCUCCGCGCUGAUCUGGAGUUCAGAGCAUCUAUUUGUAAACCUUAAUCAUCCUGCACGACAAGCAAAUUUCAUGACGCCGACAUGUCGUAUGAAUACUGUGAUCGCGACUGGAAGGCGCCACGGUGAACACGACGACUGGCAACCAGGAGAUCCUCUUGACCAGUGCAUGGAUUAUCUGGCUGCGGAAGUUAGACACGGAGAAGAACCGAUAUCAUUCAAGGAAGCAAAUCUAGGAUAUGAUAUUCGAGAAGGGUUUGCAAAAACGCGAGAGAAAGGUCACUACGAGCCAUUCCAAUGGAAAUUCCCCGAAGGCCAAUCUGAUGAGGCGGUGGUGCCGGUUGACGACAACGAGAGGAACAUUGAUGAUGAGAUCGAGGAUAGAACCGAGAAGAUGGCUGCUAAGUCAGACUUUCAGCUUUCGACCGAGACUGCUGAUGAGCCUUGUCGCGAACGAACUAUGCCGAGGAUGGUAAACUAUCGGUACACUCCUGACGAACUCAUAGAGCUGGGCGACAUGUUCGGUGGCAGCGGCAGCAGUUUCAAUCGUGAUACCGAAGACCCGGGUGUGUUCGAGGGAGUAAGACAACUAUUCAAUUCUCGUAGUAGCUGCGAUAUCGCAUGGCUUAUGUUUCCUGGUGGUCGCGGAUACGUGAACUUCCAACUAUACGAAUGUUCCCAAUUCCGAUGGUCGCAAUACGGCAGUGGUCACGGACCUAAGAGGACGAUAGAAUUUAGAGGAGCAGAAGGUACACUCGAUAGUUGGGCGGUUACUUGGGCAAAGAUCUGCGUUGGUAUUAUCAGGUUCGCCCUCUACGCUCCCGCCGACGAAUUUAUGCGCGUCUUGAUGAAAUGCGACGCCUCCGACUGGGAAUUUGAGAAUUAUGACUGUAUUGACUUUCUCGACGAUAUCGGUCUCCCCGUCGAGGCGGCGCUAGCCGAGAAGCAUCUUAAGGAGAAGGAGUGGGAUUAUAAUAUUGCGUAUGCCGAUGAACCAGCGGAACCCGUAGAACCUGCAGAACCUACAGAACCCGCAGAACCCGCAGAAGAGUAA